GAACUGCAUAUUGUUAAAUAUAAAUUUAAGAACUUUUGAUCAAUUGUUUUCAUUCUUAAAAUAUUAAAUUUUUUUUUUUUUUCAUUACUAAACAAUAAUAAAUUCUCUUUAAAAAUUUUAUAACUUGGAGGAAUAAUGGCACCCAAAACCAGAAUAAGUACUUGUACGCAAAUUAGUGUUGCAUUUGGUACAGGAAAACAAUUUCUAGUUUCAGAAUUACCAACCAACAGAGAUGUUAUAAGAUAUGCAAUUUUAUUAAGAGAGGGCUGCGAAGACAUAAAAAAAAGAAAUUAUCCUGUAAAAGAGAUGGCCAAAGAUAUACUUCCAGCUUUAUUACACCAGUGGUCGAGUGCAAAUUUGGAAUUUACAUCGCCUAAAUUAAUUACUGAUAAAACAAUUUGUGAUAAAAUAGUGACUUUGUGGAACAACGCUUCAGCUAUAGCUUGUCCAAGAAAAAAAGGAGCUAAACAAAUAAUAAAAUUUAAAGAAAAACUUUAUAAACUUUUUGAUAUACUAGUAUGCAAAUGUCCAAUUGUAAAAUGUGAUGAUUUUAUUUGUUCUGAUGAUUGUGAUAAAGAAGUUCAUUGUAAAUGCAAAUGUAUCAAAGAGUACAAAAUACCAUCUAUUGACGUUAAGUUUAUAUAUUUUCAAAGAAUUAAAACUGGAACUGUUAGCAAGUUUCAAAUUGGAUUACCUGAUAGUAUUGAAACCAGGAAACAGUUCAAAAGAUUACUUAGAAAAGAUCGAGAAAAAUAUUUUGAGAAUAAAGACAGCAAUGUUAUUUUAACUAAAAAACAAAAAAUUGAGUCAGAUCAGAUAAACUUUCAAAAAGAAAGUGAUUUUAGUAAUGAAAUAGAAUUAAAUGAUAACAUUGAUGAUAUUACUAAUGUAGAAUUACCUUUAGUACUAGAGAAAUCAUUAGGAAAAAAAAGAUGUUACAAUACCUUAGAAAUUUCACACAUAGCUAUGAAUAGCGUAAGAUAUGGGGUAUUUGCACGUGCUACAGCUGCAAUUGCUACAGCAACACUAAUUGAUGCAGGAUUAAUAACAUCUGAUGAUAAAAAGUUAAUUAUUGAUCAUAGUAAAGUUUCGAGAGCGCAAGAAAAAGUUAUCUCUGAUCUUAGUAAGGAUUUUGACAAAAUAGCAAAAAGUGGAGAAGUGAAAUGCAUAUUUUUUGAUGGGAGAAUUGAUCAAACCAAGCAAAUGAUUGAACUUGAUGACUCAAAUGCAAAAUUUCCAGUAACAGUGAAAGAAGAACAUUACUCUGUUUGUAUGGAACCUGGAGAAAAAUAUUUGUUUCACUUUACUCCUGAGAAAGCAACAAAAAGUGUUAAACAUGCAAAGAUUAUAGCAAAUAAAAUUGUUGAAUGGCUGACUGAGAGAGGUAUUGACAAGUCUUUACUGGCUGUUGGUGGAGACUCUACAAAUGUAAACACCGGUUGGGAGGGUGGAGUCAUCAAACAUAUAGAAAUAAAAUUAGGAAAAAAACUUGUUUGGCUUAUAUGUCAACUCCAUACAAAUGAGUUACCACUGAGACAUCUUAUAACCAAUUUAGAUGGUCAAACGAAAUCAAACAAUAAAUGGUCUGGUGUUAUUGGUUCCAUGCUUGAUCAUGCUACAAAUCUAGAUAUAAAUCCAGUAUUUGAAACUAUUAAAACUGGCAAUCCACUUAUUUCUCUCUAUGAUAAAAUAAUAAAUGACCUGUCUGCAGAUCAAUUUUAUGGUUAUAAAGUUGUUUGUGCCAUUAGAAAUGGUAUUUUACCACCAAAAUUUCAUUUAUUACAAAUUGGGCCUGUUUCACAUUCAAGAUGGUUAACUACUGCUAACAGAAUAUGUAGAAUAUGGAUCUCUAAACAUGGAAUUCAAGGUAAAGAUUUAGAAAAUUUAAGAUCUAUCACCGAGUACAUUGUAGGUGUUUAUUUUCCUUGUUGGUUUAAGAUUAAAGUUGAACAUUCUUGGAUUGAAGGUCCUAAACAUGUACUUUACCAACUGCAGCAAAUUUACUGCAGUUGGUAAAGUACAUGUUUAGGACCUUCAACUGCUUAAAUUUCAAAAAGAAGAUGUCAAUAAAAUAGUAUCACCCUCUAUUCAAAGAUCAGCUUGGUUUUGUUUCAGUGAGUGUAUACUACAAACAUUGUUGUGUUCUAAUACUGAAGAGGAUAGAAGUGUAGCUAUAAAUAAGAUGAAAGAUAUUAGAGGUACUGGAAAUGAAGAUCUACAAAAAGGUGAUUCCUCUCUUUCUGAAUUUUAAUGCUGAAAAAUUGGUAGAUUUAAUAUCAUGGGAGUCACUGGUUUAUGAACCAGUCUUAACUACCUCUCUAACAACUUCUGAAAUUAAUGUGUUUUUAUCAAAUCCUAUGCAGGUGCCGAUUUGGCCAUGUCACGGACAAUCUGUUGAACGUUGCGUAAAGCAAGUUACAGAAGCUUCAAGUAGAGUGUACACUCAUGAAAAGAGAGAAGGAUUUGUCCGAACUCAAGAGGCGAGUAGAAAGUUAAUGCCUAAAAAUAAUAGUAAGCAAGACCUUGAAAGUUUGACACAAAUGUUUUUGUAUUAAAUUUAUAAUAUUUAUUGAAAUAAUUCGGGUUUUUUUUUUAA